CCACACAAACAAAUCCAAGUCCAAUUCUCACUCACGUGGUCUUCUCUGACAAUUGCUUCUAUCACACUGUGAGCCUCACCUACGAGGCCAAACCAGUUAAUUCUGAAAUACAAACCAGUUAACUCUCACUCACAUUGACAAUUGUUGUGUACUUGAAGCCAAAGUGUUUGUCUAUUUUCAAUGGUUGAACAAAGACAUUUCCUUCUCAAGCUCAUUUUGCUCUCUCCUCUUUUCUUAUGAAAAUGCUGCAAUUUAAAAUGAGAGCCCACCUUUUUCUGUUAUUAUGCCUUCUCUUUAACUGUCUAUGUAGAUUCCAUUGCACCACAGCUGAUGAUGUUCAAGGUUACUUAUCUAAGAAAAUAAAGAGUAAGGCAAUGGCUCCUGAUAUUGCCCCAAGCGCAGACCCUCCACCCUUUAUUCCUCUUAUAGCUCCUUCUCCAUUGAUACCAUUUACAGACAGAAGUCUGCCAAGCUUAUCAGGAUUCUGUAGUUUAAAUUUUUCGGCUGUGGCAAGUUUAAUGAGCAAGACAGCAACUGACUGCUGGGAUUCCUCUGCACCAUAUUUAGCCAAUGUAAUAUGUUGUCCUCAAUUUGAUGCAUCCCUUGCUAUUCUUAUGGGACAAUUCAGUAAAAUCUCGGGGAUGCUUUAUUUGGAUAAGACGAAUGCCAGGAACUGCCUCUCUGAUUUUCAAAUGAUUUUAGAGAGUCAAGGCGCAAAUAAUCAGCUUCAAAAUUUAUGCUCCAUACGUUCUGAAAACCUUACUGAAGCCUCUUGCCCUGUUUCAGAUGUUAAGAAGUUUGAGAGCAUUGUGGACACUUCAAGACUUCUGGCUGCCUGUGGAAAAGUUGAUACUGUAAAAGAGUGUUGUCACCAAGUUUGCCAAAGUGCUAUACUAGACUCUGCAAGAAAAAUUGCUAGGAAUGGUACAUCUGAUCUGCCUGAGAACUCAACCAGGAUUGAUGAUUGUAAGAAUAUUGUCUUUCGGUGGCUAACCAGUAAACUCAAUCCUUCUUCAGCAAAUGAUGUACUUCGAGGACUUUCUAAUUGCAAUGUAAAUAAAGGCUGUCCUCUCAGUUUUCCCAGCACAAUAAAUGUUACUAAAGAAUGUGGAUAUAUGAUUAGCAAUCAAACUGGUUGCUGCAAAGCCAUGGAGAAUUAUUUAUCCCACUUGCAGAAGCAGAGCUUCAUUACUAACUUGCAGGCUUUAAAUUGUGCUGCUUUACUUGGGAUGGAGUUGCAGAAAGCUAAUGUCUCCAACAAUGUUUAUGAUCUUUGUCAUAUAAGCCUAAAGGACUUCUCUCUUCAAGUUGGAUCAAAAGAAUCUGGUUGUCUUUUGCCAAGCUUGCCUUCGGAUGUGACCUAUGAUGAAGCUUCAGGAAUUGGCUUCAUUUGUGAUCUAAAUGAUAACAUUGAAGCCACUUGGCCCUCUACUUCUAUUUUACCAGGUUCCUGCAAUGAAACUACCAAACUUCCGGCACUUCCUACUGCUACAUCUGCUCAAAGUGGUCUUUACAAGAAGAAGUCGGUGUUGUUUCCUUUGCUUUUCAGCUCCUCGUUAGUUCUGACUCCAUUAAUCUGAGCCUCGUAAUCUCUACGGGAUAUUCAUCUUUCUUCAAGCCUUUGGGUAGAUAUCCGCCGACAAAAGAGUCGAUCUCCAUAAGUUGUAUAGUAUUUUGUUUCAAAGCUACACUAGAGUUUGUUCAUCUUUUGAUAGCAUUUUUCUGGGUACUACUGUGACUUCAUAUAAAAGAAAUGGCCAAAGGACUAUUUCCCACCCAAAGUAUGCCUUUUUUCUAA